AAUUUAAAAUAAUAACCCCCGUCUUUACCUUAAUUCUAACAACGGAUAGAUAACAUGCUACUUCUGUAUGAAAAAUGUAAAUGUGAUAAAAAAAAGUUUUGUUUUGUUUUUAAUGUAUGACGGAUAUGGGUAUCAAAAUCAUUAAAAAACAUAGUCUUUACUACUUUGUUCCUUCACUAAUAAUACCGUUUUAAAAAGAUAGCCGCGUUGGCCUAACAUAACUUAUGCUACAGCCGGUUCUGCAAAUUAAGUCAGAAAUUUAAAAAAUGGCGGCGGAGAGACAGCCAAGGUCCAGGUUUUCUAAAAAAUCAAGUCAAUCUAGAAGUAAUUUGGAUUCUAAGCUUCACAAUAACAAAUCUUAUGAUGAACUGUGUUGGUGCCCAAGAGCCUCUGUGGUGUUCAAUGUGUUGUUAUCAGCUCGUAUCAGUGCUGCCUUUCUUAGCAAUAUUUCUGAUUGUGAUGAGACGUACAACUAUUGGGAACCGACACAUUACUUGUUAUAUGGAUCAGGAUUUCAAACAUGGGAAUAUUCACCAAAAUAUGCUAUACGGUCUUAUGGCUACUUGUUACUUCAUGUACUGCCAGCACAAGUAGUUAAACAAAUUUUUCAAGCAAAUAAGGUGACCGUUUUUUAUUACGUAAGGUUCUUAUUGGGAAUUUUAUGUGCAGCUUGUGAAACCUAUUUUUUCAAAUCACUUGUAUAUCAAUUUGGAAACAAUGUGGCUCGUUUAUAUUUUGUCCUAUCUGCUGUUAGCACUGGCAUGUUUAUUUCAUCUGCAGCUUACCUUCCAAGUUCAUUUGCAAUGUACUGCUGUUUGGUUGCGUAUGGUGGCUGGUUUAACAGGAAUUAUCCAAUUGCAAUCUUUGGUAUUGCCCUUGGAUCAUUGGUUGGAUGGCCCUUUUUUGUCAUUUUAGGUGUUCCAAUAGCAUUUGAUAUUGUCAUUCGUCAAAACAAAUUCUGGACGUUUAUACAAUGGUCGCUUGGAAUUUUACUUGCUGUAUUGAUUCCUUUGAUCGCUAUAGACACACAUUAUUAUGGAAAACAGGUUAUUUCCCCCCUCAAUAUUGUGUUGUACAAUGUCUUUAGUAAUGGUGGACCAGAUUUAUAUGGUGUUGAAUCAUGGACCUUUUACUUCAAGAAUGGAUUUUUAAACUUUAAUUGUGUCUUCAUUAUGGCAUGUUUUUCUCUCCCAUUUACCUUGUUAACUAUGUGUAUUGUUAAAAAAAAUCGAGAUCUGCUACAAUUACCAACGUGGCUUGUUCUUUCAUCAAUCUAUAUAUGGGCACUUGUAUUCUUUACCAGGCCACACAAAGAAGAGCGAUUUCUUUUUCCAAUUUAUCCACUAAUUAUACUAAGUGCUGGUAUUGUGUUGACCAGCUUUCAGGAGUUAUAUCACCAUUUGUUAACUCCAUUGAACAAAAGACACUAUUCAUCCUCGUCAAAUUGGUUAAUUGGUAUUAUCAUGACUGUAUUUACUCUAAUAUCUUUAUCAAGAUCCUCAGCUUUAUAUGUAGGCUAUCAUGCUCCACUUGAUGUUUACCCAGAGUUACAUGAAUUGGUGACACCAUUUGAUGAAACAAAAGCUCCUAUGUUUCGUGAAGAUAGGAAAAUAAAUGUUUGUGUUGGAAGAGAAUGGUAUCGAUACACCAGUAGCUUCUUUUUACCUCCAACUUGGAAAUAUUUAUUCUUGAAGUCAGAGUUUAGUGGCCAGCUUCCUCACCAAUACAAGGCUGGUGCUGAUGGCACAAAAGUUGUUCCACAAUUUAUGAAUGAUAUGAAUAUUGAAGAAGUAACUGUUUAUUCAUCUAUACAUGAUUGUGAUUUAUUGGUGGAUAUUGAUCUUCCAACUGAAGGUGAAUAUGAGAAAAACUUCUCUCGUCUUCGAAACAGAUGGGAAAUAAUUUAUUCCAAAAAAUUUCUUGAUUCAACAAGAUCACACCCCUUUUUUCGAGCAUAUUACAUCCCAUUUAUUUCCGAAAAAUAUACAACAUAUGUGGAUUACAAUUUGUUAAAGUCGAAGAGAGACAGGAGAAAAAUGCAUUUCGAUGACGAAUAAUCAUUUCUGUAUUAAGAUAAAGAUUAUCAAUGGAAAAAUUUUAUAAACAUUUUUGUAAUGGGAAAUACACACAGAGGAUUGUAAUUUAAUCUUUUGUUGUCUUUUUUUCUUAACAAAGUAUGUACACUAAUUGUUAAUGUUAAUCAAAAUUUUAUUGAAGCUAGCAUUCUCCAUUCUUCUUCAACAAUGUUUUUCCUGUAUUGUAAAAUUUGCAUGCCAGUAACAUUUCAAUAUUAGUUUUGUUGAAUUAAGCACUUUCACCGAUUAUUAAGAUUAAAAUUAUGAUGUUUGUGACAAAAAUUUGUAAAAGAAGUAUCUGAUACACAGUGGCAUCGUCAGUUAUGAUAUGUAAAGUCAUUUUUUAAUUAAACUAAGUCGGUUGAAUUGGUUCAUACUUUUCAGUGGAUAAAGUUUUUCUAAAGUGCUUUGUAUUUCGGGAAAAGCAUUUGAUUAUAUUAUUUUAUUCCGUUUUUUUCCCUAAUACCAAUUUGAUUAAUAGGAAUAAUAUUAAUAAAAAAUGGUUAAUAUGUUUAUGUCAAAGUUUAGUUUCUGAGAUACUAACAGUUUUAACUCUUCUUUAACAGUUUUGUCAGAAAUAUCACUACAGAUCAAAAUGGGUUUGGGAUAAUUUUGUUGAGUUGCUGCAUAGACUGCCAUAAAAUUGCAGAAGUAUAUUUGUCUCUUAGUAAAUUACUUGUUGGUUCUUUAUAGAAAUUACAUUUUGUUAUUAUGUUUUAUAAUAAAAAAGUUACAAAAUA